AUGCACUUUAUUAUUUGCUGCUUCUGUUGUAACUUUUUUCUUUCAUUUUUUUUUUUUUUCAUUCGUUCGUUUUUUUCUCCUUUUUUUUCCUAUUUUUCUUACUUUUUCUAUUCUUUCUCUAUAUUAUCUUUUUUUUCUUUUUCAUCAUCAUUAUCUUUCUUUAAUUCUCUAUUUUCGCCUCAUCUUUUCUUCAUUUGUUUUCAUCUUCUUCUCUUUCUCUAUUGCUUUACUACACGAUUUUUCCUCGUCUUUCUUUCCUUUUUUUUAUUUUUCCUCUUUUUUCUUUUCUAUUUUGACCUCUUUUUUCUUUCUUCGUCUCCUUUUCCUCGUCUCUUUUUCCUUUCUUUUUUCUUUAUUUCUUCCCCUCUUUUUCUAUUUUCAUCUCUUUCUUUUCAUUUUUUUUAUCUUUUAAUUUUUUUCCUUUUCUAUUUUCACCUUACUUUUUUUUCUUCUUUUUUAAUUUCUCCUUCUUCAUUUCCUUUUCUAUAUUCGUCUCCCUUUCCUUUCUUCAUUUGCUACCUCCCCCUCCUUGCUCUUCUGCUCUGUUUUUAUUUCUUCAUUUUAUUUAUUUAUUUUUUUUUUUUUAUUUCUUCAUUUUAUUUAUUUAUUUAUUUAUUAUUUAUUUUUUUGAUUUCUUUUUGUUAUUCCGUAUCGAUCGGGAACUAG